GUAUGACCCACCCUUACUUCGGCGGCUUUGCGUUUCCAUGGCAAUAGAGAAUUGAGAAUGAAUACUCAAUCACUUCUGCAUUAUCUCUCCAUUGCUCCCCCGACUAUACCAAAACAAGGGACCAAUCCUGGUCCUAACACCACAAAUCCUCAGUAUGAUGCAGACGACAUUACUGAACUCGUCCUGUGGCCGGAAUUCAGCUACACCGUUAUCAUUCAACGGUACGGAGAACUAUUGAAUUCGACGCAGAUUCGUCCUGACCCAUUUACCUCACCUCCUGCCCCACUGAGAGAUGAACCAACGUUUCAUCUUCGUUUCGCGGAUCUCAUUAUGAACCGGGUGAGACGCGGCCUUCGAGCUGGUUUUGCACAACUCGCGCCGGAGCUCCAAAUAGGGCAGCUUUCUACUAUAACAAUAGACGGAGGGGGAUCUGCACGGAUCAUCAAUCAGUUCAGGCCAGACGCAGCGUUUAUUGUCGUCGGUGCAAGCCUCACCACAGGCGUCAAUCGAGCGCCUGGGGACUUGAAGGUCUCCUGGAAGUGGAGAUCUUCCAUGCGCUUUUCACAAGAGCUGAUGGACCAGCGAGAAUAUAAGCAGGUUCUGGCUCAAGUGAAUUUCUAUAUGGAACAGCACCACGCCCGGCACGGGUUUAUCCUCUCGGACGCCGAGUUGGUAGCAGUGAAGCGACUGAAUGGGAAUGGUCGGUUAGCUGUCGCUACAUCCAUUCCAUGGUCAAGCGGAGGUGCCGGGAGGCUUUCGGUAUUGCUAGGACUGUGGUAUCUUGGGAUGCUAGCAGCUGAGAACAAUAAUUGGUCUCUACACUAGGCUCAUCUUUCUCUUCAUGCUCAGUGGUUCUCCAAAAUCACUCGACAGAUAACGCCGAAAGUCGGCUUUGUACGCCGCCUCGGUUGCACAUGAUUCCAACCAUUUGCAAGACCCUCUUACUGCUUGCUCGCGUGGCCCAGAAAACAAGACAUCCAUCUGGUGGGAACCUUGGUGGCGACGGAGUACUCACUGGGCGCUAUGACCGGAUCUUCUUCAGUCCCUUUAUCCACUGUCUUGCAGUUAAGUAUAAGCUUCCAUGCAAAAGUAUAGUAAUUAUACUUAGGCGGUUGUUUAUUGUAGUCGAUAUUCUUCUCUCACUAAUUAAAUAAAAGGAAUCCUAGUUACAGAAAGUAGACUAGGUUCUGGG